AUGGAUAAACUAAGUAAAUCAGUUGAAGUUUUAAAAUUACUUUCAACAACAACAUCAGAAACAUUAAUAAUCAAAAGUAACAAUGAAAAUUAUUUUAAAUUAUCUACAACUAGUGUGGAAACAUUAUUUAUAACAUGUGAUGAAAAUGAUUAUAAUAUACGAUUCGCUACCGAAGAAAGUUUUAAUAAAUUUGUCAAAAAUUUAAAAGAAGCAGAUUUAACAAGAAUUCAAGUUGAAUUACAUCGAAUUUAA